AUUGUUCCGGAGUCCAAGUCAAUGGACUGUAUGAAAUCAAACUAGUAGCACACGUAACACGAGUCGAUCAUUGGCUUAAAUCAAAGGGCCAAAAAUCAAGCAAACAAUAGAAGAAAAAACACGUGAGUGCUUUAGGAAAAGCAGCAAUAACAAUUAGUAGCACUGAGGGUGAAAAAAGAGUAAAAUUACAAAUGAAGAACAAAGAAAGCGACCGUUAUUUAUAACAGAAAUAUGCAAAAAAAUCUCCAAGAACAAGACCACUACCCAACCAAGUAAAACUUUGGCGCCACCUCAUCACCCCCUUCACUUUAUUUUCUCAAAUAAAAUCGUCAAACUUCUAAGACCCAAAUAACUAACAACCCAACCUUCUUUCACACGCUUCCUUUUUUUCUCUUCUCAAACAUGUUUUCCUCGAGAAUUCUUUCUCUUCUCCUUCUUCUCUUCUCACUACUCACAAUCGCCGAAUCGAACGAGCGCGAAAUUCUACUAAACCUAAAAUCCUCCCUCCAAAAUUCAAACAACAAACUCAUCUUCAACUCAUGGAAUGCAAACAGUUCCAUUUGCAGUUUCCACGGAAUCACCUGCAACUCAUUCAAUUCCGUUACAGAAAUCAACCUUCCCAACAAAAGUAUCUCAGGUAUUCUCCCAAUAGACUCACUCUGCAAUCUUCAAUCGCUUACCAAACUUGUCUUAGGUUUCAAUCAUUUCAAUGGCAGAGUCAAUGAAAGUCUUAGAAACUGUGUUAAUUUACAGUUCUUAGAUUUAGGAAACAACUUUUUCUCUGGACCUUUUCCAGAUAUUUCACCUCUUCAUCAUCUUCAAUACCUCUAUGUAAACAGAAGUGGUUUUUCUGGUACUUUUCCGUGGCAAUCUCUGUUAAAUAUAACAGGUUUGUUACAGUUAAGCGUCGGAGACAAUCCUUUCGAUCUAACGCCGUUUCCUACAGAGGUGUUAAGUCUUAAGAAAUUGAAUUGGCUUUACAUGAGUAAUUGUAAUCUUCGAGGAAAAUUACCGGUUGGAAUCGGUAACUUAACGGAGUUAACCGAAUUGGAAUUCUCCGAUAACUUUAUUACCGGAGAACUUCCCAGUGAUAUAGUCAAUCUUAAGAAACUCUGGCAAUUUGAAUUCUACAACAAUUCGUUAACCGGAGAACUUCCGAUCGGGUUGAGAAAUCUAACCGGACUCAAGAAUUUCGAUGGAUCAAUGAAUCAAUUAGAAGGAAAUCUCUCUGAGAUUAGGUUUUUAACCAAUCUAGUUUCGCUACAGUUCUUCGAAAACAAAUUCUCCGGUGAGAUUCCACCGGAGUUUGGCGAAUUCAAAAACCUUGUUCAACUGUCUCUGUACAGAAACAAUUUAACAGGUCCAAUUCCUCAGAAGAUUGGUUCAUGGACAGAAUUUCAAUACAUCGACGUUUCGGAGAAUUUCUUGACAGGUUCAAUUCCUCCACAUAUGUGCAACAAAGGAAAGUUGAUCUAUCUUCUCAUGCUUCAGAAUAAUCUCACCGGCCAGAUACCGGAAACCUACGGUACCUGUUCGAGUCUUCAAAGACUCCGAGUGAGCAGAAACUCGCUCUCAGGUACCGUUCCUUCCGGUAUCUGGGGAUUACCGGUUGUUGAAAUAAUUGAUAUUGAAUUGAAUCAGUUUGAAGGUUCUGUUAGUUCAGAGAUCCAAAACGCCAAAAAAUUAGCAACUAUAUUUGCAACAAACAACCGUUUAACCGGUGAAAUACCAGAGGAGAUUUCAAAAACGACGUCGCUGGUGACAAUUGAUCUUAGCGAGAAUCAAAUUUCCGGGAACAUUCCAGAAGGAAUUGGAGAACUUAAACAACUUAGUAUACUUUAUUUACAGGGAAAUAAAUUCUCAGGGGUAAUUCCGGAAUCUUUGGGUUAUUGUAAAUCACUCAACAACAUCGAUUUGUCAAGAAAUUUACUUUCCAAUGAAAUUCCGGCGAGUUUGGGUUUGUUACCAGCUUUGAAUUCUCUGAAUUUCUCUCGGAAUGAACUUUCCGGUGAAAUUCCGGAGAGUUUAGGUUCGCUUAAGUUGAGUUUGUUUGAUCUUUCACAUAAUCGAUUAUCUGGUAAAGUUCCACAAGCUUUGACUAUUCAAGCUUACAACGGAAGUCUCACCGGAAAUCCACUUUUGUGCACGCUUGACGCUAUUGGGUCUUUCCGGCGUUGUUCUGAGAGAAAUGGAAUGUCAAAAGACGUUCGUGCCCUUUUACUUUGUUUCAUAGUAGCUUUGGUUUUGGUUCUUUGUUUUUUGGGUGUUUAUUUGAAAUUGAAGAAAAUGAAGGGAAAGGAGGAAAAAAGAGAGGGAAAUAAAUAUGGAAGAGAACGUUCUUUGAAGGAAGAAUCAUGGGAUGUGAAAUCGUUCCACGUGUUGAGUUUCAGUGAAGAUGAGAUUCUUGAUUCUGUUAAGCAAGAGAAUCUAAUAGGAAAAGGAGGUUCAGGGAAUGUUUAUAGAGUCACACUUGCAAAUGGAAAAGAACUCGCGGUUAAGCAUAUAUGGAACACCGAUUUCGGGUCAAGGAAAAAGUCAUGGAGCAGCACGCCGAUGUUGGCGAAGCGCGUUGGUGGUGGUAGUUCACGGUCGAAGGAAUUUGACGCGGAGGUUCAGGCGUUGAGUUCAAUAAGACAUGUGAAUGUGGUGAAGCUUUAUUGUAGUAUAACUAGUGAGGAUUCAAGUCUUUUGGUUUAUGAGUAUUUGCCUAAUGGAUGUUUGUGGGAUAGGCUUCAUACUAACGGGAAAAUGGAGCUUGAUUGGGAAACACGAUAUGAAAUUGCGGUUGGUGCUGCUAAAGGGCUGGAGUAUUUGCAUCAUGGGUGUGAAAGACCUGUGAUUCAUAGAGAUGUUAAGUCAAGUAACAUUUUGUUGGAUGAGUUUUUGAAACCUAGGAUUGCUGAUUUUGGUCUUGCUAAGAUUGUUAAUGCUAAUACUAUUAAGGAUUCCACUCAUAUCAUUGCCGGCACUCACGGCUACAUUGCUCCUGAAUAUGGAUACACAUACAGAGUGAAUGAGAAAAGUGAUGUGUAUAGUUUUGGAGUGGUAUUGAUGGAGUUGGUAACAGGUAAAAGGCCAAGUGAAACAGAAUUUGGAGAAAACAAGGACAUAGUUAGUUGGGUUCAUGGGAAAACAAGAAGCAAGGAAAAGUUUAUGAGUGUCGUGGAUUCGAGAAUUCCGGAGAUGUAUAAAGAAGAGGCUUGUAAGGUAUUGAGAACUGCAGUUCUUUGUACAGCAACUCUUCCGGCUAUGAGACCAAGUAUGAGAGCUGUGGUUCAAAAACUUGAGGAUGCUGCACCUUGUAAAUUGGUUGGAAUUGUUAUUAGUAAAGAUGGGAGUGAAAAGAAAAUUGGAGUCAAUAAUGACAAAUGAAGAGUUCAAUUUCAGAAUCUUGAAGUUUUUGGAUCAGUGAUUACUAAGGGGGAGGAACCACUGUUUCAGUAGUUAAUUAUUAGCUAUAGAUUGUAAAUUUUGCAUGGAAGAGGGAAUAAUGUAAGAUAUUAGUCAUAAGAAAAGGGAUCUUCACCUAGUAUAAUCCCAAUAAUAGAAGAAGUAAAAAAUUCCCUUUUUCUUCAAAUAAUUGGCUUUGUCUGAUCUGUAUCAUAUUAUAGUAAUACAGAUGCUUGUGAUUAUAAUUUUUUUUUAUUUUAUAUAUCAAUGGUACGGUUGAGAA